GGGACCGAGGUGCGGGAUGAGGACCACCAAGUGCCAGCUGCUGGUGACCAGCCUCUGUGUCAUGCUGCUGGGGUUGUCCAUUGCCACGCUGAGCACAGUCACCCACUACGGGCUCCACUUCACCCUCAUCAGCGACAUCUCCCUGGAGAGCAACUCCUACAGGGUCAUCCACCAUGCAGCUUUCUACUUCGGGAUCUGCCUCAGCAUGACCCUGAUCCUCGCGGCCCUGCUGAGCUCUGCCGCUGCGGUGCGGGAAUCACAGUGCCUCACCGCCAUGGGAUUUUUCUGUUUUGCUCUGGCUUUCUGUGGAUUGAUCCCAGCUGCCUGCUGGAGAUACACGCACAGCACGGAGGUGGAAGACAGCAUGAUGGAUGUGUACGAUUUUGUGUAUGAGGAGGUGAGGAGGAACGCCUCUAGCUUCAGGAGGCACGAGCUGACUGCCAUCCACGAAGCAUUCCUGUGCUGCGGGAAGCACUCUCCGUUUGGGGACACGGCCAACGUGGAGGGCAGGACGUGCCCAUCUGACCAGGUGGACCACGCGGGACAGGACUGCCUGCGAGAGAUCCAGGACUUCCUGAAGAAGCACAUGAACUUUGUCUCCACGAUCCUGGCUGUCACCAUCGGCUUCAUGGUUUACGGGAUGAUCCUGACCUCAUUCCUCUGGUUCUCCAUCCACUUCAGCAGCAACCUGGACCGGAAAGGCAAAUACAUCCUGCGAGAAAAGUAGGAACCCACUGCCCGGGCACCCCUACCAGGGGGAGGCAGCUCUUGGCGCAGGAAGGUGUCUCAAGUCGCCCACAGAACCCCCCGGGGAGGGGUUGCGUGGGGGCAGGCGGUGGGACGCGUGCCUCGGGUUUCCCCUUUCCUGCCCUACGAGCUGCCGUGCAUCCCCCAGCGGGUCGGAGAGGACGAUGCUCCGCGGAGGAGCUGCCCCCGCGCCUUCACCGAAAACGGACGAGGACCGAGACGCGCACGGGGGCUCGGACGCGCGGAUCGCCUCGCCGGGGGCCGUAUGGGCUGUGGCUCCAAGGCAGGCCACAGACAGCCCCUUAGGACACAAAUGGGGAGACGAGCCCAGCAAAAAUCACAGCAUGAAACCAAACUUCUCUUGCGCCGGCGUCUGAGCAGCUCCCUGUGGCCCCCAAAGUUUCUAGGAAGAUGGCUUUGGAUCACAGCCCAGGACCGAUCUGGUGCUAUCAGCAAAUACACGGACACAAAGUGUGUCAUUGCUGAUGGGAAAUGUGCUCUCCUAGCCCAGACACUCAUAGUGGUUGACUUUGGGCACGUUUCGGAUCAUGCUCAGGUACGUAGGCAUCCAAUGGCCACUGACUGGUUUGCCCCUGUUUUCAAAUACUGCCAGAUUUACAGAGCAUUUGGUAGAGAUCAGGAAAAAAAAAAAACAACAAAACAGAAAGCAUGAGCUUUGAAACAAAUGACCAGCAUAAAGACAUAUCCCUGUUAUUCCUCCUUGCUAAUGCAAUACACCAUUAUUUUUUAAUUCUUAAGAUUUAGUCAACCUCUUAGAGCUUGAUGCCACACUGAUUUCACAGGUGCUUGUUCAACUUCCAGCCUCAGCCCCGUGUUUAUCGAGCUUCACUAACCCACCAGGCUGCUGUGCAAUACAAAAUGACUUUGUUAUUACACAUAGACGCGGGACUGAAGAUUAAAUCUGUAAGAGAACAGGACUGAUCUCCAGACAGGUCAGACAAUACAAUGUCCAACUCCACAUCCUCUUUUCAUCACCUUGUCAACAAUGAACAGAAAUUUAAAAAGCCUCAAUCAGCUGAAGAACUCAGCUCCUAGUCUAGCUCAAACGAUGGAUCCCUGGCGUGCUUUGCCCUCAUUGCAAGGAGACAGAGCUGCUUCUGAGCUGAAACUCAUUAUUGCAAUAGAUUUAGCACCUGCUGGAAAACCUGCUGGAAGCUAUGUGGCUAUGUGAAAUGUCUGUUGAACCUGCAGCAGCCUUCGCCCUUCUCCUCCAUUUUAGCCAUGAAAACCAGUGAGUAGCAAUUGUUUAUUAUUUAGAUAAGCGUGGAAACCCCCAUGCAGGAGUUCAGGACAGGUCCUGGCCCUCACGCAGGGGCUGCUGCACGUACCAGAGGAGCACUACAGCCUACAGCACCUGGUUAGCAUUUUAGCAUGGCUGCAAACACCUUGCAUUGGAAAGAAUUGCAUUGAGGGGGUGGGAAAGGGCUAUCACUCCUCAGCCCACUCCCCUUGGAACCAGCAGAGCUUCACCACUGACUUCACUCGAGGCAGGAUCAAGUUCAAACUGCUCCAGAGUAUUACCCAAGCGACCUCCUGGCAGCCACCAACACGCCUCAGUCUAGCAGGGGUUUAGGGGUGAUGUGCACUUGCCGAUGUACCUGCUUUCUAUCAGUGGGGAAAGUUUCACUUACACGUAUAUGUGUAUUCUUAACUGUAUCGCUCUCUGGAGAGAGACGAUCUCCCCUGUGAGCUCCAGCUGCUAUUGUCCAGGCUGCUGCUAUUGUUAUUCCUCAGGCCAGCUGGCAGCUCAUGUGACUCAUGGUUGCUUCAAUAAAAAUGAAUUUCUUGCAAAAGGCUGUCAUUCCUUCCCUUUCUGCCGUGCAUGAGGCUGCCUGCAUUGCUCAGGAUUGCGUCAUGGAGAGCCCUCAGUAAUUCUUUCAGUGCUGGGAAGAGAUAUUCCCCGGGCAGCUGGCACUGCCCCAGCAGCGUGCCUUAGCACUCAAGAGGGAGAGGAUGGCAAUGGUUCUUCGGAGGAAAAGGAGCCGCUCAUCAGCCUCAUCCU